AUGGCGAGGGUUCCCUCGUCCUCCAUCGCCAUCGUCUUCUUGGCCAUCUUUCUUGUUCCCGAUCUCUCCGGCGCCGUCCCCGGAGACCCGGAUCUGAUCCGGAGGACUUGCAACAGCACCAGUUUCUUCGACCUCUGCGUGUCGUCCCUCCAGUCGGAUCCCAAGAGUUCCAAGUCCGACGUGAAGGGCCUCUCCGUGAUCGUCAUCAACCUUGGCAUCUCCAACGCCACUGACACGUCGUCGUACACCUCCCAUCUGGUAAAGCGCAGGAGGAACGCCGGCCUCAACUCGGCGCUGGAGGGCUGCGCCGGCCGCUACGCAGACGCCCGUGCCGCGCUCUGCUCGGCGCUAGAGGCCCUGUCCCUGGACGACUACGACUUCGCCUCCCUGCACGUGAGCGCCGCGGCGGCGUACGCCGACAUGUGCCACAGCCUGUUCAGGCUUAGCCCGGCGCUGACCUACCCGGCGGCGCUCUCCAGCAGGGAGAAGGCUCUGGAGCGGCUCUGCACCAUAGCCUCCGACAUCAUCUCUCUCCUCGGCUGA